AUGGCUGAGGCAUCUACGGUAGAGACGGAGUUCGCUGCGCGAGUCCAGGAGUUCUACCAUGACCAAAGUGAUCCAAUCCAGUUGGUUGUGGCUUUUAAAGCUUUGUGUGCAGUGAAAGCGUUACUGGCCGCCGCAAACCUCGAGGAACACGGUGCUAAAAGUUCGUAUUUUCAGGAAGAAUUUGAGAAUUGGGACUUGGAAACCAAGUUGUGGCACCUUGUGGAAGUGCUCUAUCUGUACAGACUUGCGGAGAAUGAGGAAGUGAUCGCAGAAAACCAAUAUUCAUCGAUAUCGGUGUUACAAGAAAACGUAUUGCGUCAAAAUCCGAAAUUAAAAGAGCUUCUGAUCAUUUUGGGGUGGCUACAAACAAACUCCAAGGGUGUGGAUGUACCAGGGUCUCUCUCAAAUACGUCAAAAUGGAGUAAUACAAGACAGGCACUUGCCAAUAAAGACCUUAAUGUCUUAACUACCCACGGCCACACCGGCGAAACAGACACAAAACUACAAAACAUCGAUCCCGAUGCCCCUAUACGACAAGCAUGCCCAGUAAUGGCCGAAGACGAUCUUCGUGACUCACAGGUUUUCCGAACAAUUUAUCAAUUAAUACUAUCUGGUCAGCUCCAAGAAGCCAUAGAAUUGGCCAGUAGCACCGGAAACCACACACUCGCACUCAUUCUCCUUGGAGGAACUCAAGACUUUAUUGAUCCGGUGCUCGAUAAAGACUUUUGUGAGACUACCAUGACAGAUUUAAUCGUGCCAAAUAAACCAUCGGGCGCCAAACACAAACUUUUGUGGAAACAAGCGGUAUUCAAGCUUUCGCAUCAGCUGGGUAUCAACAAGUACGAACGUCUCAUCUACGACUAUCUCAGUGGCGGCGACAUAUCUGGUGGCCUCGAAGUUGUUGGCGACAGCUGGGAGAACCUGUUGAUAAUCUACCUCAACAAAAUUUGUUUGCAUGUUCUUCUGAACGCAUUGAACUCUAAUGAAUCAACCACGAGUAUCCCAGCACCACCAGCAGAGUCUAUCGACCAAGUGUUAAAUUUGAUAUCGAAAGGUUCAAAUGGAGCUGCUCAACAGAGUAAGCAUCCUCUUCGUAUUGUCAUGGGCAGCGUGAUGAUUUCCGAGAUUGGAGCAUUGAUCAGUGGAGUCCUCAAGUCCCUCAACAACAACUUCACCACACAAAAAGUAUGGGAAGAGGACUACUUGGUGCGGGUGAUGGCUCAUUUGGGGUUGUUUGCCCAUGCCGUCGGCUCUCAAGUCAGCGCUAAUGACUUGACUCAACUUUUGACCUUGUAUGUUCAAAGACUAUCUGCUCGUGGCUUCACGGAUUUGGUGCCAUUGUACCUCUCUUUCAUUCCUGACGAUAGUGAUGCCCGUGAAUAUUACUCCAAAUUUCUUUCAUCCAUCACCGAUCCGAGCGAAAGAACCAAACAACUUCAGCUUGUUCGUAAAUUGGGCAUUGAUUCCAACGGUGACGAGGAACGAAUGGCAAAUGUUUUGCGUAGAACCGUCGAACGAGUCAUGGCUGAUACAGAGGCUGAAUAUCGACCUUCUGGUGAAGUCACUGUCCAAGAUGAAGACACAGAUGUCACCGAAACCGACACCAAAAUCUGCCAAUCGGUCGAUUGGUACUUCGAGAACAACAUGUAUCCUGAUGCGGUUUCUGCAAGUUUAACAGUCAUCAGGCGCUUCUUAGCAUGCGGUAGACUUGCAGCCUUACGUCACUUUGUUCGUGGAAAAGACUUGAAGCAAUUGGUGAAGAAUUACGAUGUUGAUUUGUACACUCGCUCUCUUGCAGGUCUGGAUGAUGGUGCCCAGGUUGGGGAUGCCGACAAAGAUGAAAUAAUACAAUACCAUUUGUUUGUUCAAGGAUUAGAGUUGAUUCAAGAUUGGCGCAAAUUCUUGAAAGACAACCAAACGAAUAGUUUGAGUGCAGUUUUCUGGAAAUCAAAACAUCUCGAGUCACUGAUAGAGAAGGUAUCAAGCGGAAUCGUGGGCCUUAUACGAGACUGGUUCCAAGAGUUGAUUGCAACAGAUGGGACAAAGAAGGAAAUGUACCAACAAUUGAGAGUUCUCUACGUACCAUAUCUUGUGAUGGAACUUCUCGACAUAUACCAACAAGCCAGAAUGAGCAAUUGGCUGUAUGUCAAAAAAGCGUUUGAGUUGGUGAGUCUGGUCGCGGAUGAAGAUAAUAAUGAUUUACUUACCUGUUUUGUCAAUUGCGGGCGCCUCGACGAGCUUAUGGUACGCAGUGGAAACCUUGCUGCAGUUGCAUGUGAGCGUGGUAUAGCCAAUAUAUUUUCGUAG